AUGUCGUUCUUACUGAUCUUCUGGAACGGGUUUUCCGAGGACUUUAAGAAGAAGAAUUUCCUGUUGUACGGCCAAUGGCUCGGCAUCAUCGGCAUCUUCCUCUGCAUCGCCCUCGGCGUCGCCAACUUGGUGGGGCUGUUUAUACCGCCGUCCCCCGGGAUCACGGUGUUCUCGAUCAUCUGCAUCGUCCAAGGGCUCGUGGUGAUGUUUGUCGAGAUCCCGUUUUUCCUCAAGAUCUGUCCCAUGACGGAGAAGUUCAUCAAUUUCAUCAAAUUGUUCGACUCCAACAUGAACCGGUUUGGCUUCUAUCUCUUGAACGCCGCCCUCCAGUACUUGACGCUUUUGUUUAAGGCGACGCUGUUGCUCACCGUCGCCAUCUGGUUCACCAUCACCUCGGGGUGCUACGUGUUGGCGAUGUUGAAGCACCAGGAGUUUGAGACGACCCAGUUGGGGUCGGCGGAGACGCGCCAGGAGUUUGGCCAGGAGGCGGUGCGCAACGUCCUCUAG